AUGGACGAAAUCCCUACUACGCCGGUUAGGCUUAUUUUAGGACAACCUCAACAACGCGAACAGAACUCAGAAAACCGGUCGCAAGAACGUAAGCCACGCUCGUUUCAGUCGGAAUCUGAUUCUAGCUUUAACUCCCCAGGUUCCUCCCAGUUUGUGGUACAUCCUUACGAACCGCUGGAAAAGAAGAGAGGUUACCAACAAGAUUUAGACCGCUCGAUUGAUUAUGGUAGAACACCAGCUCUUAACAACAAGAAUAAUGUCAAUCCAUUAGAGAAUAUAGACAUAAAUAAAAUGUUUGAUGAUGACAAAUCAAAUUCAGGAUCUAAUCAUGAUAAUGGAGAUUCAAAUACUAACGAUAAGCAUGUACUUGCAUUGAAUUAUUCUCCCAUCAGAGUUGAAAUGAGCUCUUCUGAGAAGCAAAACAACAAAAAUGCGAAUGAAGAUGAGAAUAAUAAAGAAAGUGGCCACAUCAACAAAAAAUUGAAGUUACAGUUGGAAUCGGUACCUGAUUUGAAACAAAACUCUACUAAGGACAUCGCUAAUGAUAAAGAAGAAAUUAUGUCAUCUCCAAUGGCGAUUGAUAUGAUUGAGACAAACAUAAGUCCAAAUAAAUUUAUAAUUAACGACGGAGUUGAAAGAAAUGAUAGUUUCAACAUUAAUACCGAUAGACUCAAACUAGAAAAUGACAUUAAUGAGAAACAAGAAGAAGAAGAUUUUAUAAAAUCGAACAGUAACAAUGUCGCUAAUGUUGACAAUGAUGAUGGGGACAAGGAGCAUGAAGAAAAUGAUAUAACAAACUCUCACAUAAACAGGCUUACUCCUCUGUACGAGACUUCUGUAAGGGAGUCGAAAUUUAAUGAAGAGGGCAGAAACGAUUACGAUGAUGACAAUCAACUUGAUAUCAGACAUGACAAUUUUCAGAUUGUGGCAAAAAGAAACGAGGAGCUAACCGAUCAAAUAUACCAUUUAAAUCAAAAGUUGAAUUCUUUAAUUUCCAAAAACGAAUCGUUAUCUUUUCAAUAUGAGAAAUUAAGUAAAAAUCAUCAGCUGUUAAUAGAUUCGACAAAUGAAAAAUUAGACAAACUGAAUACAGAAAGAGAGAGCGAUAUUACCAAGGUGGAAAAAUUCAAAAAGAGGAUUAAGGAGUUGAAUACAGAAAUCAAGGUAUUGAAUUCCAACCAAAAAAUAUUACAAGAAAAAUUCGACGACUCAAUUACUGAGGUUAACCAUUUGAAGAGCGAACAUGAAAGCACUAUCGACACUUUGCACCAAAAUGAGAAAACUCUGAAUGAAAAGAACCUAGAGUUGGAAAAUAUGAAAGAAGAAUUAGAAAGCAAUCUUGAUAAAUUAUCCGAGUAUCAAGCCACAUUAAAUGACUUGAAUUCUUGUAUUGCGCAACUGAAUGACAAGAUUGAAAGCACAAAUAUUGUUUUGAGAUCUAAAGAAAACGAACUAGAUAAUUUGAAAUUAAGUUUGAAAGAAAUUUUAUCGAUUUCUAAGGACUUCAACGACUCAGAGCUUAUAGCACAAAUUAAUGAACUAAUAUCCACAAAAAAUAGCUUGCAACAAAGACUAGAUGAUUUGAACAACCUGAAUGACAAUAAUUUAAAGGUGGCACAGGAUAAGUUAAUCGAAAAUGAAAGCACGCUGAAGCUAAAAGAAGCAGAAAUUAAAUCAUUGAAUAGUGAAAUGGAUGAGUUGAAAAAACAGAUCACAUCGAAAGAUGAUGAAUUUAAGAUGUGGCAGAGUAAAUACGAAACCGUAGAAGACGAGGCUAAAAUACGCAAUGCUGAAGUUACAGAGUUGAACAGAGAUAUUGAGGAUUUAAAAGAAUCCAAAUUGCAUUUAGAGGUAACGAUUACGGAACUAGAAAAUAAAGCCCAUAAACUGGAAAAUGAAUGUGAAUUGGAGAAAGAAAAAUUCGAGAAAACUUCAUUAGAAUUGGAAAGUCUGCAAUUGAAAAACAGUAAUACCCAGGCUGAGCAUAUCAAAGAAUUGGAGAAUCUUCAUGAGAACCUUAUUUCUCUACAAAAUGAGUUGAAAAUUUCAUCCGACAGGAUAACAACACUAACAAAAGAAAAUGAAAUAUUAAAGGAACAAAAUAACAAUACUAAUAAUAGCGUAACUUUAAGCAAUAAUCAAAAGAAUAAAGAUGACGAACAAAUUAAAUCGUUGGGGAAGCAAAUACAAGACUGGAAAGAAAAGUAUGAGGCAAAAGAAAAAGAUACAAAUAAAAGGUUAAAGUUAUUAGCGGAAGAUUUAUAUAUCCAGUAUUCAUCCAAACACGAACAAAAGGUCAAAUUAUUGAAAAAGGGUUAUGAAAAUAAGUACCAAAAUAAGUUUGAUCAACUUAAUUUAGAGAACAAGACUCUAUCAGAAGAAAUUGAGCAGUUGAACAAGCGGUUGACCUCUGAAAGAGAAGAAAAGCAGGAAUUACUCAAGUUGUUAGAAAAUGAAAAAAAAUAA